AUGGCAAUGGCAGGAGCAGCGUUCCUUCGAUCUGUCGCUGCCAAGACGGCCCGCGCAACGCCUCGCCCUCCAUCUGCACUGGAGGAGCGCCUUCAACACCAUGGCCUCCUUCCAACGAGCUCCAAUCGCAUUUGGCUUUCUAGAUUCUCUACAUCUACUGGUUCCACGCCGCCAACCAACCUCAGGGGUCCUCAAACUCAUAACAAGGAAGUUCCCAGUGGCAGUGAGUGGGACUGGGCAAAAGCCGCAUUCAAAGAAGCUGCACCCAACGCAGCUUUCCUCCUGGUGCUCAGUGGCUUCUCUUUUAUGUAUUUAUGGCUCAAUCCGGAACAGGACCGUAUACAGGCCAAUCUGGACGCCAUCUCGAUAAAAAGGUCGGCCAGGAUAGUAGAGAUGCAGCAAAAAAAUGAAAGGCUACGUGCGGCCUUGCUUGAUUGUAUUGUGCAUCAGGUGUCUGUUCAUGGCGUCGUUGAUGAGAUCACCGAAGGGGUGUCUGUUGAGAGACACCGUUUCGUAACACUCCUCCUUGAUCGAAUCUUCCUUGAGAUCAAUGCAGGUGUAAGCUGA